AUGAAAAAGAAAGUCUCCCCAAGGGACUUCAUCUUUUACUGUCUGAUAUGUUUCAUUAUGAAAGUUUCCUCUGGUCUGAUGCUGCUGCCUGCCCUCCUGCUGCUCCUGCUCCUCACUGUGGAAACAAAGAAAUCUGACUCAGGUGGAUCACCUCCGGAUCACGGCAGCCGCCUACGAGGCCUCUGGAAGCUCCACAUGAGGGACACACUGCAGAAAGAAAAAGGUUCAAGUCCUCCUCCAGUCAAAGACCGAGUCAAACAGCAGCUGCUUUACUGUCGUGUUGGGAUCGGUUACCAUCUGCAGAUUCUGCCCAGCGGCUCUGUGGGAGGUGUCCACAGACCCACCGACUUCUGUUGGCUGAAGGUGUUUGCCAUGAAACGUGGCGUGGUGGGAAUCAGAGGAGUGAAGAGCGGCCUGUACCUCUGUAUGAAUGGAGACGGACUGGCUUAUGGAGCGGAGGAAUUUUCUGACGACUGCCUGCUGAAAGAGAACCUGGAGGAGAAUCACUACAACACCUACUCGUCUCUGUCACACCCAGGCAUCUACCUGGCUCUCUCACCCAAAGGAGAGCUCAGGAAGGGAAACGGCGCAGGACGACACCAGGCCUGCACCCACUUCUUACCCAGAAAGACAAGUUAG